CUUCACGAGCACACCUAUAACUAUGAGGACGGAGGGAAACUUGCAGCAGAAAGGAUUUUAAUCUCAUGGAUUUCAAAUCAGAAGAGAUCAGAAAGAAACGCUCACCACGAGACUUUUAUGUGUAUUUAAUGCGAUGUGUUUGGGUGACUUUGCAGACUGAAGAUUUUGUUUUCACAAGUGGAUAUGGAUCGUGUUUGUUUUUGCACUAAAGUUUUUCAGCUCUUUUUGGCUGUCAUGCAUGAGACUUUGGUGUUGCAUCAUUCUCUCCUCACAAAUAUGAUUUUUUGGACGGACAUUCACUUUAAAAUGCAACUGAAGCUAUGGGACAAUUUUAUAAAGAAAGAAAACAUUCGUCCUUAUUUGAACAUUUAGUGAAAUGUGUUCAAAUAUAUCCGGAAACAUGGCAGUUAACUGGACUGUUUUUUCAGUUUUUUUACUACCGCUGUUCGCAGUUGGGACAGCUUUCUCUGGGGUCUUCAACACCACCGACAGAGACAUCUUCACAGACGAUUUGCUGCAGGUCAGGCUCACACAAGACAGAGCUGCUGAGCAGUGGAAACUCCAGUCUAGUGAUUCCCAUCCCAACCUGUAUUUUAACCAAGUGGAUGUGUUGCACUUGAGGCAAAGGUCCUCCACCACCCACGGUCACAUAUUUAAAGUCAUCCGGGCUGCUGCGCUCACCAUGCUGUCUAACGCUCCCUUCUACAUGCCCCCUGUCAAACACGCCGAGUUUACAAGCAAGUGGAAUGAGAUUUAUGGGAACAACAUGCCUCCCCUGGCGCUCUACUGCCUGUUGUGCCCGGAGGACUCUGCCGCCCUGCAGUUUCUUGUCAAGUUCAUGGACAGGAUGGCUGAAUACCCGGACUGGAAGGUGACCAGUGCUCCUAACGACGAGGUCCCCAUGGCGCACUCUCUCACUGGCUUUGCUACUGCUUAUGACUUUAUUUACUCCUACCUGGACGCACAGCGGAGGGAUGUUUAUUUAAAGAAAAUUCGUUCUGAGACAGAGGAGCUGUAUGAGCUGUCAAAGUACAGAGGGUGGGGGAAACAGUAUCUUCAGAAUCAUCAAACCACUAACAUUUUAGCCAUUCUAACUGGUGCAUUAGUGGUUGGGUCACAUGAGGACCCGGAGACGAUGUUAUGGAAACAAGUGGCGGUGAAUUACAUGGAGAAAACUAUGUUCCUCCUCAACCACGUCGUUGACGGCUCUCUCGAUGAGGGGGUAGCGUACGGGAGCUACACAGCAAAGUCCAUCACACAGUACGUCUUCUUAGCUCAGCGUCAUUUCAACAUUGACAACAUGCACAACAACUGGCUGCAGGGACACUUCUGGUUUUAUUAUGCCACUCUGUUGCCGGGGUUUCAGAGAACUGUGGGCAUUGCAGACUCCAACUACAACUGGUUUUAUGGGCCAGAGAGCCAGCUUGUUUUCCUGGACACAUUUGUCAUGAAGAACGGAACUGGGAACUGGCUGGCUCAACAAAUCAGAAAGCACCGACCCAAGGACGGUCCCAUGGGGCAGUCGUCAGCGCAGCGCUGGGCCACACUUCACACAGAGUACAUAUGGUACAACAACCACCUCACGCCGCAGCCUCCACAUGACUUUGGCAAAGCGAAGAUGCACAUUUUCUCAAACUGGGGCGUGGUGACCUAUGGAGCAGGGCUACCAAACGGGCAGGGGAAUACUUUUGUCUCUUUUAAAUCGGGCAAGCUGGGUGGCCGUGCGGUCUAUGACAUCGUCCAUGACAAGCCUUACUCCUGGGUGGAAGGCUGGAACAGCUUCAACCCAGGUCACGAGCACCCUGAUCAGAACUCUUUCACAUUCGCUCCCAAUGGGCAGGUUUUUGUGUCCGAAGCCCUUUAUGGUCCAAAAUAUAGUUAUCUCAACAAUGUCCUGGUGUUUAGUCCAUCCCCGACAAGUCAGUGUAACAGUCCAUGGGAGGGUCAGUUGGGGGAGUGCGCUAAGUGGCUGCGCUGGACUGAUGAGGGUGUGGGUGAUUCCAGAGGGGAGGUGAUUGUCGCCUCCUCCCACAGGGACACGAUGUUUGUGAGCGGGGAGGCCGUGUCGGCGUAUUCCCCGGCUAUGAGACUGAAGAGCGUGUUCAGAGCUUUGGUCCUGCUCAACUCUCAGACCCUGCUGGUGCUCGACCACGUGGAGAAGUGGGCCGACUCGCCCGUGAAGUCCUUCAGUGCAUUCUUUCACAAUCUCGACAUUGACUUUAAAUACGUCCCUUUCAGAUUCAUGGACAGAUACAACGGCGCCAUGAUGGAUGUCUGGGACGCUCAUUACAAAAUGUUCUGGUUCGACAGCCAGGGUCGCAGCCCUGACACCAGGAUACAGGAGGCGGAGCAGGCGGCCGAGUUUAAAAAGAGGUGGACGCAGUAUGUCAAUGUCACUUUCCCAAUGACAGGCACAGUCAGCAGGGUAGCUUAUGUUUUACACGGGCCAUAUGUCAAAGUGUCCAAUUGUAGAUUUGUGGAGGACAGUAAAAAUGGCGUGAGACUGUCUUUAACCAUCAACAACACAGAGAGGAUAGUUUCUAUUGCUACAAACUAUAAAGACAUAGGAGCAAGGUCGACUUAUUUAGGAUUCGGCGGUCAUUGUAAAGUUGAGGAUAGGUAUCAAAUCACUCGAUAUGGCCUCGGAACGCAACUCAUCCCUAAACAAAUCAGCAGUGAUAAUCAGCUGUUUGACUUUGGGUUCACAGUCAACGUAAUAGCAGGGGUUGUUCUCUGUGUGGCCAUAGGAUUUCUAACCAUGCAGAGAAAGUUUUAUGUCUGCUUCAGCAGGCUGAUGCGCUACGCCCUCCUCUCUGUGCUCAUUCUGUGGAUUGCUGAGCUGCUGUUUGUGUCUAACAGCUGCGAUCAGCUUCUCUGUGGGGUAAAAUGGAAAGGUGCGGGUGCCAAAAGUGAAGUAAACAAACAAGUCAGACUCUAUGAGCAGCACCGGCUCCCCCUCCCCACCGUCGUCAUAACAACCCUCCCAGGAUCAGGCUCGGAGAUCCUCAAGCACCUUUUCUACAACAGCUCAGACUUUGUUUACAUCAGGGUUCCCACCGAGCACGUGGACAUCCCCGAGACUGAGUUCGAGUUCGACUCUCUGGUCGACGCCUGCGAGUGGUCGAGGUCGGACGCCGUGCACGGACGGUUUAAGAUUAUUCAGGGCUGGCUGCACUCGCUGGUCCACAACAUCAAGCUGCACCUGCAGAACAUUCAGCUGGCGGAGGGCAGCAGGGUCAAACAGCCCCAGAGAGUCGCGCCCUCCCGGGACAGAAAGAAACGAUCCAGGAGGAGAGAGCCGGCGUCCGAGCUGAAGGGCAAACUCCGAGCCAGCCUGGACAGAGAUGCAGAGUAUGUUCGGGAGAUGAGACGCCACGUCGCCGAGUACCCCAACGCCCGGGUGGUCCUCAACAUGCGGAGCGGCAGCUGGGCGUUAAAACUUCCUUUCAUUCAGGAAGUUGUCGGACCUUCUUUGAGGACAAUCUACCUUGUGAGGGACCCCCGAGCGUGGAUUUAUCUCAUGGUUUAUAACAGCAAACCCAGCCUUUACGCCCUUAAAAACAUCCCGCAGCACCUUUCCUUGAUAUUCAAGGAGGACGCCGUGAGGGAUGGGUGCCCGACUGUGGCGCCGGAGUUUAAAGUAAUCCAGAGACUGCUGUCCCGUUCGGAGACGAACCCCGUCCUCAUUCUGGCUCAUCUGUGGCUGGCUCACACCGCAGGAGUGCUGAGGGUCAGCGAGGGCCUCCCCGAGGAGUCCUACCUCCGGGUGAGGUUUGAGGAUGUGGUCAACUUCCCGCAGGAGACGGCGGAGACCAUACACACGUUCUUGGGGGUGCCUGUGUCGCCCGCAGCCCUCAACCAACUUAUUUUCACCACCUCCACGACCCUGUACAAUCUGAUGUAUGAAGGAGACAUUUCACCAGCCAACAUUAACAUGUGGAGACAGAAUAUGCCUCGGAAGGACAUCAGACUGAUAGAGGACAUAUGUGGGGGUGUGAUGAAGAGGCUGGGCUACACCAGGUAGUUAACUUACUGCUGCUGGUCAGCACUGCAAAAACUCAAAUCUAUGUAAGAGUGUCUUUCUUAAAUAUCUUAAUAUGCUUAAUAUGAGCCACGUUCACCUGACAAGUCCAGAUAAAAGUCUUAUUUCAAGAUAGAAAAAGGCCUUGAUUAAUGGUUAAAAGUAGAACAAAUCUGCCAAUGGGGCAAGAAAACGUUACCCGAGUGUCUUGAAUUGGGAUGUACUGACUACUCUUGAUUGUACAUCCCAUUUCAUGACACAUUUCUGGCAGUUCUGAGGCCUCAUUCUCUCGCUUGUAGUAUCUUAAAAUACGAUGUCUGUCUCUGACCUUUCAUGAAGAAUGUGGCUCAUAGAAACAAUGAGAUGGUUUUUUUUUUGACUAGAAAACAGACGAGUACACCUGCUCAGAUUUGAGUUGUUGCUGUACGGAGCUGUCUUGUUUACUGUAGCUGCCGGUCUUAAAGAGUUCUGAAAAGUUUUUUUUUUUUUUUUUUGGUUUUGCACUGACCCCUAAAGUUGAAAAAUAUGUGUUUUCUUUUUCUCUGUUAGUUCUGGGUGUAUGUAAGGUGUUGUUUAAAGUACAGCAACAGAUGUUUGCGAGGGAGGAAUGUAUUACAUUCAAAUAGGUGAAAGGGAGCGUCUGCAGCAGUCCCCCCCCCCUUCCGCUGCCCUUCACUCUUACUCCAAUCAAAGGAAAGACUUUUUGCUGUACUCUAUGCAGAUGAAUGCCACUGAAUUUCAGCAUAAACCUUGUGUUACAGCAACAGAUCAAUUUCCCAGAGAAGACUUAAUGCUGCAUGUCUUAAUUAGAGAUGAGAAAUUAGCCACUUCCUAAUCUGUGAUGUCAGAGGAAUGUCUGUUAGAAAUCCAUAACUGUUAUUUUUUUCUUUUUUUGGAGGGAGGUUGGCCAAGGGACAUUUUGGUGAAUUGGUACAGAAAUGUUAUGAUGCUUAUUAAGAAGCUUAUUUAUUGACAGUCUUUUCAUUUUGUAGCCUGGGACAGACUUUCAAGGACUAAUUUGGCUGUCAAGAAUUUAAUAUCUGAAUUGAAUGCGUGCUGUUCCCUUUAAAAACAAAAAAACAAAUGCUGCAAUAUAUCCGGAGAAACAGACGACAGUAGUGCUUUAUUGCUCUGAUAGAAACAUGUGAAUGAUAAGGAUUGUACUUUGAUUUAAAAGGGACCAUUCUGACGCUCUUAGACGUCAUUACAGCUUGAUGGCUUAGCACUUUCACAUUGACUCCUUUGAUUGUAUGCGAUGCUUUGGUGCAGUAAUCCAAAGCUAAACUUUACUGUAUGUGUGCUCAGUUAGCUUGGAAAUCUCAAACCUCUGAGGACAUUAUGACUAGAAGAAAAGGAAAAGCGAGACAUAUUUAUGGGUUCCAAAGACACAUUUCCCAAAGAAUCAGGGAUGAAUAUGAUUAAUAUAACUCCCUUUGGCAUUUAUUGAAUUAGAUCAGAGGGAAGUGCUUAAUAGGGAUCAAACUGGGAGAAAAAAAACAACCUGUCAGGCUUGACACAUUUUUAGUCAAAGCAAUUUCCAAAGCAUCCCCCUCAGCUACUCAUAUUAAUCUGCAAGAAUGCCAUAACGGAGUCUUUUUCUUUUUUUUUUAUUCUGUUGUUUUAUUGCUGUGCCAUCUUCACUAAAAAGAAAAAAAACAAAGAAAGAAAAAGGACCUGGAGGAUAUACAAACGGCGCAUCUUUGCAUUUCCUGUCGCGGUCAAUCACAAAUCCAAUGAUAUUUUCUCUGGCCCUUUUGUUUUGAAAGAGUUCAGCGAGGCGUGGACCGAAAAACACGGGAUGAAUAUUAAGUGAUGCUGAAGACAAGAAGUCAGAGACCAAAUCCUACUCUGUGAUGUGCUGCUCUUUGGGCGAAAAAAAAAAAGUUUGCUAACCUUUUGCUGCUGUCUUGCAUUACUGUAAAUGGAUCACAUGCAACAUGCAGAGAGCUCACACUCAUCUCGACUUCCUGACUGCAUCUAUACACGUGCAAAAAAAACAAAAACAUACGCUGCCCAUGUGGAAAUAUCUAUCUUUUCCUCGCCUAGAAACAGCCCUGUUUGUUUUUUUUCUUUCUCGAUGAACACUGAAACCCUUGACUGCCUGGAAAAGCCGUUUGAUGUUUGUGCUCUUUGAAUGUGUAGACUUGGCAGACAUGCUCUCACUUUGGUGUUGCAAUCCUGUUACCAACUCUGUUUUGUAUUUGCUCGUGGGGAUAUGGUUCCUUGCUUCUGUGGCCUUGAAUUACAAUCAUUUACUUUCUAUGGGUUUCUUUUUUUUUUUCUGUGAGGACAUGGAGACAAUGUAAAGAAAAUAAUAAAUUCAUAAAUAUAUCUCA